AAGUAUUCAAUGUAUAACAUUAAUAUCAAGAUCGGUUAGACUCAAUAGUCUCAGCAAUUUGAAAUUUCGAUAUAGUCGGACAAGUCUUCCUUACCUUAUAGGCCUUAGUCUAGUUCAGAUCUAGAUCUAAUUUGUGUCUGUGUAACCAAUAGUCCAAUUUAAGUCAAGCUCUACAGUGAAUCAGUUCAAUAUUUUUUUUAUUUCGUACUUAUUUUAUAGUAGCUUAUAUAUUUUAUUAAGAAAUAAACAAUAGGCCUACAUAGUAUACAGUUUUGUACAAAAGACUUUUAAUAGAAUAAAAUAUGACAUUUUUUAAAAUAGAAAAUACAUUUGAGUAAUUUUAGAUCGAAAUAGUUAAAUAAGACAUUUAAUACAGUGGGAUCUCAUAAUUAGAAGUGCCAAGUUAAGGAUGAGCAGGGUCUGACUUGAAGUAAUAAAAUUUAGAAUGGUAUUUAUAUUACAUUUCAACAAAGGAAAUAACCAAGUAAUAUAUAAUAUUACUAUAUAUAGAUAUUAUUCAAAGAAUAUGUUUUAAACUUAAUAGUGAUAUAGCAAGUAAUUCUGAGAACAGUGCAUAUACUGUUUGGUGUUGACGAUAUGUUUCAUCAUUUUGUAAGCUGAUAAAGAAUGAGGAAUCAGCUUAUUAACAUCAGUCUCUGUGUAUUAAUUCUCUUCUUGAUUGAUAGCUGUGACACCAAGAAUCACUGUCCAAGUCAACUGAAUAAAUAUCUUCAUUGUUCUCUGUUACAACCACCGUGAUAGAGUUUUUCUGAGAGCAAAAACAUUUUGUCAUUUUGCAGAAACUAUGUUAUUGAAGAUUUCUGCAUUAGUGUAGGUGUUUGCAUAGUAAAUGAACUUUAAGCUAAUUAAAAUAAACGUUUGAAUAUUAAAUGAACUUUGCACGGGUCGCUUCUUAUCGUCCCAUACUUCAUUUGUUAUCAGAUGUGUAUUACAUUCAUUUGUCUGCUGCAGGCUUUAAAUAUGUGGGUGGAAAAUAUGUGGAAUGUGUGGAGUGUGGGAAAAAUGUGAAUAUUGAUACUUUUAUUCUAGCAGAUCCUCAUGGACAAGAGUUUCAUAACACAAACUGUAGCUACAUUCAUCUUGAAAAGACAAAUGUAUCUAGUCUUGUGAAUGAGCAGAAUCUUUCAAAGGCUUUUGAACAUGUCAAGCCUUAUGCAUCAUCUGAGGCUAAUGUGAGAUCUAGUGAGUUAGACUCUGACUUCACUCAGCUGUCUUCUGAGCCAAGUGUUGGCUUGACAGAGGAAUCUUCAUCUUUGUUAGAUGAUUCAGCAGCCUCUAUCAAAGACCAGGUCUCUCAUGAUGUAACAUUAGCUAAUGAAGAUGUAGAAACAAAGCCACCUUUGACCCUUGACAAUGAAGAGUUAGAUAAGAAAAGAGCUGUUUCAAAUGAUGUGAGGGUUGUUAGUGGACUGUCAUCAACUUUACAUUUUGAUGACUCCAGUUUGUUUGUUCCUGAAAUAGAAGUCACUUCAAGCAAGAAUUCUACACCAGAAGACAUUAGAAGUGAAUGCAAGAAAAACCCUGGCCACUUUGCUUACUUUCCCAUUACAAAACUAAGAUUAGAGCAAAUACCUUCCCAUACAAGAGAUGCUGAGGCAUUAAGGUUCUUUCAAUUAUUUGGUCAACUUGUUGUCAGAGUAGUUCAGACUCCAAAAAGAAAAGAUGGACACAGGAAUGAUAAGACUACAGAGAGAUCAGGAACAGGUUGUCUGUCACUCAGUGAUGAUAUUGCAGAAAGUCAAGACUGGCAAAGCAACAGACUUGGCAAGCUGGGAAAGUACAUGACUCACCUGGUGAAGAGGAACAGGUGGUUACUUUUUAUAAUAACUAGUAAACAUUUGGUCAAGAAUGAUGAAGACGCAGUCUCUUCCAGGGCAGAGUUUUUCUAUGACGAGCCCAGCAAAUCUGGACUCAAGUCAGUCAAGGGGCUCUCUGUGCGCAACAGCGAUAUCAUUGGCGACAACUCUACAUUGUUGAUAUGUGAGACUUCAGACGUGGCUUUUGUACAGAAGAUAACCAAAGCCAAACAGGAAGUGCUAGACAUAGCCAGCAGGCUGCCCAGAAGAGUUAAAAAGAGUAUGACUAAAAAACUGUACAUCAUUAGCCACCCUCAUGGGAAAGAGAAAGUUUUGUCUUAUGGAGAUUCAGUAUCUGUGAUGUUUGCUCUGAGAUCAAAGGUGAAGUGUGGAAUACAAGUAAUUGAACCAUUCAGAAUAAGAAUUAAUGAAAUAGGUCGAGAGUCUCGCCUCAACAUAAGAAAAGCAUACCAUUAUGCCAUUGAUACAUGUGAUGGGUGCUCAGGAGCUCCAGUUAUUGGCUUUAAGAAAGUGACUCCCAACAGUGAAUCUAAUGGGGAUGGUUACCUGUUGGAUGUUUGGGUACAUAAUGGCGUCAACAUAGUUCACUCCCUUGGCUGUUCCGUUUUAAGAGAGCUUACAGAGGAAGACAUUUUUUUGUUGAAUGACAGAAGUCAAACUGUGACAGGUCAGUCUGAUAGUGACAGUGACACUGAGAGGAGCACAGAGACCCCAAACUACUCUUCAGUACUCAAAGUCCAAACUAGUCCAUUUUAUCCAGAUUUCACCUGCUACCAAAAACGCCUAGAAAGUUGUGCCACCUGGCAGUUUUCUCAUAUACAUCAGCCACAAAUGAUUGCUCUGGCAGGUUUUUUCUAUUCUGGCUAUUCUGACUGUGUGAAAUGCUUUUAUUGCGGCCUUGGCCUGAAGUCUUGGAAGCCAGGAGAUGACUUGCACACAGAACAUUUGAAGAACAAACCUACGUGCAUAUAUCUAAAGAGACUGAGUAGUGUUUAUACUCUGAAAGAAGGGGCUGAGGUUACCUCAGAUGCAGUGAAGAAUGUUGAAAAUCUACUUCAAACUAGUUAUUCAUCUGAAGCUCUGACAUUGAACUCUGACUCUACAGGCUCAUCGGUAGAGGAUGUACUAGGACUGUUAAGGCUGGAGAACAGGAAACUGAGAGAGCAGGUCUUAUGCAAAGUAUGUCACUUAGCUCCUGUCAAAGAUCUCUUUUUGCCAUGCGGGGAACUCAUUGCUUGUACUGAGUGCUCCAAGCUACUUACUCACUGUGCUUCAUGUGGAAAACAGAUCCUGGCUACUAUCACAACAUACUUUGUUUAGUUUGUAGAAAGGUGAGACCACAGACAUUUUGAUCAUUAAAAAUGAUGAUGUGGAAAUUUGAGACAUUAUAGGACUUCAGAAAUAAUGUCUGCCAUUAAUUAAAUUGUAUAUCAUAUAUUGUAUUGUAGAUCAAAGAAUAAGUCUAGUUUCUACGAAGUUACAUAAAGCUGAGUUUUUAUUUAGCUGUUACAAAUGAGCUUUUUACAAUGGGAUCAAAGAACUUCAUCAUUAUUUUCUGAAACCUUUGUAAGAGGCCUAAGUAAAAAAGUAAAGUUCCCCUUUCAGACUUUGCGGUCUAUGGGGCAGGUCAUCUGUUUCUAUGGCCAACGGUUAACAAGCAGGGUGUCAUAUGGCCAGCACAACAACCAACCAAAGAGGCCUAAGUAAAAAAGUAAAGUUCCCCUUUCAGACUUUGCGGUCUAUGGGGCAGGUCAUCUGUUUCUAUGGCCAACGGUUAACAAGCAGGGUGUCAUAUAGCCAGCACAACAACCAACCAAAGAGGCCUAAGUGUCUGUUUUUUUUUUUAUCUUUUGGAAUUAGUAUCUGAAUGUAUUCUGUUAAUAGUGUUAAUAUAGAAUACAUCUAUGUUUAAAAUAUUUUAUAUGUUUAUCAUUAAAGGAACUGUUUAGGAGUCUGUCAGGAAGUCAGACUAAUAGCUGAAAUGGCAACAUGUGAAUAAAACAUUGUCUUCUUGUUCUAUUAAUUCUCUUACAAAUUUAACUUAUUUUCAUCCUCAAGUUGUUGUGGGUUACUUUGUAACACAAAUUUAAAUAUUUGCUUCACCUCACCUUGUUGAAUGAAUUGGUUAUAAAUUAGGUAUCUAAAAUAUGGAAAAUCAUGGUUGGAAUGAUUAUGCUUUUGGAUUCUUUAUAUUAAUAUAUGACUGUUUCUUAUAAUUACAAGUACCAGUAAAUGAAAAUCUCACAUGUAAAGGUUCUGAAAUUUAGUAUUAACUACCCAUGCCUUCCUUUUUUUUUUUUUUUUUUUUUUUUUUUUUAACAUGAAGACUAUUCCACCUCUUUCAUUAGUGCGAAUGCAUUAGAUUAUAGUUUCUCAGAGCACUUAUUUUUCACUCAUUCCAUUUUUUUAAGUCCAAAAAUUAUUUUAAUGUUUCAUUUAUGAAGACUUCUUUGAAAACUGUUGACUCUCAAGUAUUUAAAAUACAAAAAACAAAAAUUGAACUAAUUGAGAAAGUGUAUUUCAGUGUUAUAGAUUGUUUUUAAUUUUUCUUAUAUUUAUUUAUUUAUUUUUUUUUUUCUGUAUUCUUUUUUUUUUAAUAACUUUUUAAAAUUUAAGUUUAGAUACAGUGAUUAAAACAUUGAUUAACAUGCCACAAAGCAUGACAUGGCUCCAGAGAGUCCAGAUGUUUCAUAAAUCAUAAAACAAUUUAAUCUUUUCUAUGAAUUGUUUGUACUAAAAAGCAAUAGAAAAAAAGAUUACAUAAAAAAAAAACAAAGCUUAUUUAAGGGAAAGAACUGCUAAUUACUGCCAUUUAUCUGAAAAUGGCAGGGUUUAGCUCGUUUAUGCUAUGUAAAGCAAAAUUAAUUAAUUAGUACUAAUUGAUUAAAUAAUUGGUUAAUUUUUGGGUUGAUUUGUAUAUUGUCAUUGACUAUGAAUAAUUAUGCAAAAUUUCAAGUUAAUCCAUGAAUGAAAAGUGGGAGAAAAAAACAUCAAACUUUGUACCAAACAGACAGAGUGAGUUGAUAGAAACUUUGUACCAGACAGACAGAGUGAGAUGAUUGAAGCUUUGUACCAAACAGACAAGAGUGAGUUGAUAGAAACUUUGUACCAAACAGACAGAGUGAGAUGAUUGAAGCUUUGUACCAAACAGACAAGAGUGAGUUGAUAGAAACUUUGUACCAAACAGACAGAGUGAGUUGAUAGAAGCUUUGUACCAAACAGACAGAGUGAGUUGAUAGAAACUUUGUACCAAACAGAUAGAGUGAGUUGAUAGAAACUUUGUACCAAACAGACAGAGUGAGUUGAUAGAAGCUUUGUACCAAACAGACAGAGUGAGUUGAUAGAAACUUUGUACCAAACAGACAGAGUGAGUUGAUAGAAACUUUGUACCAAACAGAGUGAGUUGAUAGAAACUUUGUACCAAACAGACAAAGUGAGUUGAUAGAAGCUUUGUACCAAACAAAGUGAGUUGAUAGAAGCUUUGUACCAAACAGACAGAGUGAGUUGAUAGAAGCUUUGUACCAAACAGACAAAGUGAGUUGAUAGAAGCUUUGUACCAAACAGACAAAGUGAGUUGAUAGAAGCUUUGUACCAAACAAAGUGAGUUGAUAGAAGCUUUGUACCAAACAGACAGAGUGAGUUGAUAGAAGCUUUGAAACAAAUGUAUCCCACCCAAGCUUUAUUUUAAAAAUAUAUGUUUUUUUAAUUUAUCAAAUCGCUGUUUAUUAAUUUUUAUUUUAGGUAAAUAAUUAGACUGAAAGCUUCACAUCUUUCAUUUUAGAUGCUUUUGAGGCUUUAAUUAACACCUUGGCUGAUAUUAUCAAUGAAGUUAUUCCACUCUAUGUCCUGUAUCAAGAGCCUUGGUAGAUUUACUUGUCCAGAGAUACCACCAUCAAAUGGACAUUCUAUUAAGAACUGUCUGAACUAGAAGUCACCGACCCCUUUAUUUCACAUACAAGACUGACCAUUUCACUUGUAGAAUGCUGCAGAUGACAGGCAUAAUUUUGGAAGAGAACAAUAACAUACUGUUUGUGUAAUUAUCAGCAUAGAAAAUGGAUCUGAUAUAUUUUUUUUUGCUUUUUAAAAGAACAUUUUUUUCAUGGGGCUUGUCAUUUCUAAUGACCUAAACAUACAAGUACUUAAUUAUUAUUACUUUUGUAUAUUCACAAAUUAAAUGUUAAUUUUUUUUUUUUUUGCUUUAUGUUCAUGCAUUAUAUUAAUAUUUUCGUUGUAGAUGAAAAAGAUUUUUCCUAAUUUACUUGUAAAUAAGAAACUAUUCAUAGGCUAGCUGUAUAAACAAUAACUGCUGGAUUAGCAGAAAUAGAUCUGUGUAUGCCUAAAGCUGCUUUCUUUCAAUUCUAUCUUUUAAUUCUGGUUAAGAAAAGACAUGUCUUACAUUCCUUUAGUUUUAAAGGUUUUAGGAAUAUAAGAAAUGUAUAUGUAAUAAUAAUAAUAAUAUCUUUAUUAUCUUGAAGUAAAUUAGUUUUACCAUUGUGCAUUGUGUGCAUAACAAAACAUUAACAAUGCAAAAUUAAUUACAUUUCUCACUCAAAAUUUACAUGGCACCUAUUAUCUAUGCUGAGAGAUUUUUUGCAAUAAACAAAUAAAUCUAGAGGUUUGGUGCUAGAUAAAUUAUUGGUGUUAAAAAAAAAAAGUGCACUCUAAGAACAAGGAAAAGUCAGACAGUAAUGUAGAGAAAGAAAAAGUUGGUGAAUGUCGACUACACUGGUAGUCUGGCCAUGUUUAGGACAAACUUGAAAGUCAUAUUUGCAAUCUGGCAUUUAUUUUUACUAUACAAGGCUAGAAUUAUCCAUCACUGAUAAGUUGUUAGGAUAAUAUUCUUGCCUCCUUUUAUUGAUGUUAAAGGUACCAAUAAUAAGUUGACAGUUUAACUAAAACACUUUCUUCCACCUCCCUUCUUGGAUGCUACGCAGAAAAAAUUGCAUGUCCUAAAUUAGCUAUGUUAGAAACAGAAAUAAAAAAAAAAUGUUUCUAUUUUUCUACUACUUAAUCAGACGUAUUCUAGUCAAAAUAAAAAAAAAAAUCAUGUGCAAUAAUUUAUAACAAAUUUUGUAAUAUGUCAAAAUGGUCUUUUUUUUUUGAUUAAAAAUGCUGCUAAUCUCACAUUUAAUGUUUUAAGGUUUUAAAAAAUGUUAUCCAAAGGGGAACACUCCCCCCAGGACAAUUUAUUUUGUCUGUGCCCUGCUUGAAUAAGCUUUAGAUGGGGAAGGAAUAUACAUAGGUAGGUGACACAACAAACAGCAACUUCAACAAGCAUCUCUUAAAAUGUGUCAUGUAUGGUAAACACAACUGCAAACUUAAUUCAUUUUGAUUCUUCAAACAAAAACUAACAUUUAGGCCCUCUGUGAGAUCAUCUUCCUGGUAGCAAUUUUAGGCUCAGUCCACACCUUAACGAUUUCAAUCACGAAAUGGACUAGAAGAUUUAUAGACUUAGCUGCCAAAGGCAAAUCUGUCGAUACUUUUUUUCCCCUCCUAUUCUCUGACGUUACUAGAGAAAUAUAUCAUGUGUUUUCUAGUCAGUUUUUAAAUGUUUAAAUGUCUAUUAUUUUUCAUCAAAAUUAAUUUUGUGCAAUUAAUUUACUUUUGAAAACCUUGUUCUUGCAAUAUUUUUCUAUUUUACUUCAAAUCCAAAAUGGCUAUGGAAUAUGGAUCAACUCAUAGAAAAUGAAAUGAAUGCCUUGGCAUUAGCAAUGAUCAAAUGGAUGUCCCAUGCACAGACCUAUAGAAUUUUUAUGUAAGGCAUCAUUGCAGUAGCAGAUACACUAUGUAGCUGUAUACCUUAAUAGUGUGAAGCUCAGAUUUGUAAAUUAUAAUUAUGAGCUUUAAGGAAAAUAGUCUUAAAUUUCUUAGCACAGUGCAGCAAUAUUAAAACUUAUGUAAGAUUUAUUCAGUAAACAAAUUGAUCAAGAACAAUAUUUUUUAGUAGUUAAUUAUUUAAUUUUAUUAGUUAGUAGGGCUAAUAGAGAUCAAUCUGUUUGUGUAAUAUCUGCAUGGGAUAAUUGGAACAAAACAUUAAUCUCUAUACCUGUUUUUUUUUUUUUUUUAGAUGUGUAUCAUUUUAUCAUUUAUGAAUCUCUUGCUUAUUAAUGUAAUUGUUUUUCUGUUAAACAGAUAAAAGCCAGUACUUUUUGUUCCCAUUUUUUGGGUUGCUUUAAAUUACUUGGAAAAUAUUUUGUUUUAAUAAAGUGUCAGUAUCUCUUUUAUAUUGUUUGUCAAUUAAAGUUAAUCAUUUAUACACAUUGAAA